UGUUAAGUGAAACAGACAUUAUAAAUAGCUACAACUUAUUCGAAUUUGAUAAAUAAGUGUUGACAAACUAGCUUAGCCAUGAAUUGGUACAUUGGCAACGAGUGGAGCGAUGAGAUGCGUGGCUUGCACAAAAAGGUGCUAUCGCUGGACUUUCAGACUGUGGAGAAACCACUUGCGGUUAGCAGCGUGCUCUUUACCGUAAACAAAUCGUGUGUGGGAAGCAGACCCACCAAAUAUUUGAAUUGCGCCGAGAUGCAGCAGCAUGCCAUGAAGAUGGGAUCGGCUGUGACCCCAAUCGAUUGCUAUUUGGAGUUGCUGUUGCAGCAGUUUUUGCCCGGCGAAACUGCCGUUUGCAGCAUUGCAACCAAAACCGGCGAGCAACUGGAAUUCGAACUGAAGCUCGAUCGAAUUACCAGUAAUACACACGUGGAGACAUUGAACGCAGCAGAGAUUCAUAAAUUGGCGUUGCGCUACAAGGAGAACGGCGUUGCUAUGUUCAAGUCCUAUCCCAAAUUUGCUUUUGAUUAUUUUUCACGUGCCGCCCAGCUGCUCAUAACAUACAAACCCUUCAAAACGCUAGACAAAAAGACGAAUGGCAUCGAUGGAGCCGAGAUGGAGACAUUGUUUAUACAGAUCCAAACGAAUCUAGCAGCGUGUCUGCUGCUCGAGCAGCGUUACGAGCAUGUCAUCUACCACACCGACUUUGUGGAAACUCAAUCGAAUCCGAGCGAGAAGAGCAUGUAUCGACGGGCGUUGGCCUACUAUCAUCUCAAGGAAUUCGAAAAGGCUCAUCAGAUCAUUGAGCGUGUCCCGAACCAUGAGGCGAAACGUGAAUUUAGCAAGCUGCGUAGCCAAAUUGCGGCCAGCUGGAAGAACAGCAAUGCCAACUACAAGGAGGUUGUGCAGCGCAUGUUUAGCUGAAUGCAACACAACAAUAAAUAUAUAUAUUUAUAUAACUAGGCAUUUAAUAAAAAUAAUAGCUUAUAUAUGUAGUUAUUAC